AUGGUCACCCAUUCGCCCGCGGGUCGGCGCAAACAUCCCUCGCCAGCACGCACCACUUCCCCUGCGCUGUCGCGAUCGCUCGCUUCGGGCCCGCCUUCAAAUCCCGCCCCGGCUCCCAAGCAUAUGGAUAAGAAGGCUGACACGGUUUUCCUGCGUGUCCAACAGAUCAAGAGGAUGCCUCAGGCUUCGGUGCGCGGCAGCUACAUGUUCAAGCGCAAUCGCAACGAUCCUUACUAUGUGGUGCCCGAGUUCAUCAUGAUCCUCAAGCAUUUCCAGCCCGACAUGCGCGACAGCAUGGGCAGGUUGGACGAGCGCAAGCUCGUGCCGUCGUGGCUGCCCGUGCCGCCCCACCCGGCUACGCACGAGCGUCGCUACCUCCGUGCGCCGUUCUACCCGCCCACGGCGCCGGCCGGGCGCAAGAAUCGAUUGGCGUUUCAAAAUGCCGAGGCUGCGUGGACGGGACCUUACGAUGCCAGCCCCGGUGACAGUGGCAAGUGGGAGUCGGCGGCUGCGCCCAUAGUGUCGGCCGAGAUUCGACCGGUGCUGCGCGUGCUGGUCUCGUCGAGCGUGCGGCGCGUGCACAAGCUGGCGGUGAUCCGCAACCGCGUGCGCACGCGCCUCACCGAGGCGAUGCGCAUCGCCGUCGCGCACAUGGAGCAGCGCGGCACGGACAUCGACAAGAUGCUCAACCCGCGGCGCAACCUGCUGCUGGUCUUCGCCGGCGCGGCGGCGCACAGCAAGCCGAUGGACGAGCUGGCGCAAGAGAUGCGUGACGGGCUGCGAUUCCUCGCCGCCGUCGCGGACGGAAGCAUCGAUGCCAAGGCGCAGCGCAAGCACAUCAACAUCAGCGCCGAGCGCAACCGUGCCGCCCAGCUGGCAUUGGCACCCGUACUGAAUCCCAUACCCCCAAGCCAAGCCAGCGCUGCCGGCGCCAUCAAUGGAAAGGACGAGGGCUGA